AUUUGUGUUGUUGCGCAGCGAAACUUUUUUUUUUUUUUUUUUUUUCCUUCUCCUCUUUUCGAUUCUAUUUGACGGAAUAGGGGUUUUUUUGUGGAUUCUCUUUAUCAGUAGUAAUAAGGAGAAGAGUUCACAAAGCUAUGGCGAUUUCUUCUCUCUCUGCUUCAACAAUUCCAUCUUUGAAGACACCGCCCUCACAGCUGACUACUACCAAUUUGACUUCCUUGUCUUCGCUGCAGUUUCCAGCGCAGCUUCAGAGGCUUCAGUUUAGGGUCAGAGGGAUUUCCUCUCCUUCCAGGUCUCGAAUUUUGCAUCUGGUUGCAGCAAAGAAGCAAACAUUUUCAUCCCUUGAUGAGUUGUUGGAAAAUGCUGACAAGCCAGUGUUGGUCGACUUCUAUGCAACCUGGUGCGGUCCUUGCCAGCUUAUGAGUCCAAUUCUUGAUCAAGCAAGUGCUGUCCUAAAAGACACGAUCCAGGUGGUAAAAAUUGAUACUGAGAAGUACCCGAGCAUUGCUGACAAAUAUAGAAUAGAAGCAUUGCCUACAUUUAUCAUCUUUAAGGAUGGCAAACCUUAUGACCGCUUUGAGGGUGCUUUGCCUAAAGAUAAGUUCAUUGAACGCAUCGAGAAUUCACUGCAAGUGAAGCAAUAGAUAUGGUAACCCUUGUCCCUUUUUAAGUCUGUCCCUUUCAGAAUGCGUAACCCUUGUCCCUUUUUAAGUCUGCCCCUUUCAGAAUGCAUUUGCAUGCUAUGAGACCCCAUAAAUAAACUCACUCCCAAUUUCGGCGCACAGAUUCUAUGAGGAAUGAAAUAUGAAGCCAUUAUGUGUAAUUUUUUACUAGGAAGGUCACCCAUUCUUCGCCUCCCAGAAUGCUGUAACGAGGGUAAUUGUACCUAAAAGAGUGAUAAACACAAAAAUACAAUAGCAUAUUUGUUUAUAACUCUUGGAAAUUUUGCAAAAAGAUUGUAUUUGUUUUUGAAACAUUUAUAAGCUCCACUCUUUUAAUGGUUACUGGACUUGGUGCAGCCAUCGUUGAUCA